CUCUUCUAUAUUUGUUAGAAAACAUAUAAAAAUGAAAGCUAUGGUAAAAUUUGGAUGAAAUACAAACAACAUAAAACGAAGAGAGAAUUCCAUUACUCGGAGUGUGCAAUUUGUAACAGCGGGACUAAGAAAAGAAGAAAGAAGAAAGAAUGAGUGGGCCGCAGCCGAUGGCGGCGUCGCAGCCAUACCACCAGGCAACCACCCUCGAGGAAGUCCGAACCCUUUGGAUUGGGGACUUGCCCUAUUGGGCCGAAGAGCCCUAUCUCCAGAGCUGGUUCUCUCACACCGGCGAGGUACUUUCAAUAAAAGUGAUUCGAAAUAAAAUCACAGGCCAACCUGAGGGAUAUGGGUUUGUGGAGUUUACUUCACAUGCAGUAGCUGAGCAUAUUUUGCAGUCUUAUAAUGGAACACAAAUUCCUGGGACAGAAUUAACUUUUAGGUUAAAUUGGGCAUCAUCUGGGAUUGGAGAACGACGUGAUGCUGGCCCUGAGCAUUCUAUAUUUGUAGGGGAUUUAGCUCCUGAUGUUACAGAUUACUUAUUGCAAGAGACAUUCCGUACUCAUUAUCCAUCUGUCAGAGGAGCCAAGGUUGUUACUGAUCCCAAUACUGGACGCUCUAAGGGAUAUGGCUUUGUUAAGUUUGCUGAUGAGACAGAAAGAAACCGCGCUAUGACUGAAAUGAAUGGUGCCUAUUGCUCAACUAGGCCAAUGCGUAUAAGUGCAGCAACACCCAAGAAAACCACUGGCCUUCAACAGCCUUAUGCAGUAGCCAAAGCAUUAUAUCCACCUCCAGUUUACCCUCCUGUGAUGCCAACAAUUCCCGAAACUGACGUAAAUAAUACUACUAUUUUUGUUGGCAAUCUGGAUCCAAAUGUUACAGAAGAGGAACUGAGACAAAUCUUUUUGCAAUUUGGGGAAAUUAUUUAUGUCAAGAUUGUUGCUGCCAAAGCAUGCGCGUUUGUACAGUUUGCUGCAAGGGCAUCUGCUGAAGAAGCAAUUCAGAGGAUGAAUGGUACUGUGAUUGGUCAACAAAUAGUUCGUGUUUACUGGGGUAGGAGUCCAACUGUUAAACAGGAUGCUGGUAUCUGGGGUCAGGCAGCUGAUGCAAGCCAAUGGAGUGCAUAUUAUGGUUAUGGACAGGGAUAUGAUGCAUAUGCUUAUGGAGCCACUCAAGAUCCUUCAGUUUAUGCGUAUAGCGCUUAUCCUGGUUAUGCUCAAUACCCUCAACAGGGUGAAGGAGCUCAAGAUAUUGCAACCUUGUCUGCUACUAUGCCGGCUGUGGACCAAAGGGAGGAACGGCAGGACCCUUUGGCUACACCUGAUGUUGACAGGUUAAAUGCUUCUUACCUUGCUGUCCAUGCAAGUGCCAUCUUAGGCCGGCCUCUAUGGCAAAAGACAGCAUCACUUUCAGAGCAAGCGUAGAAUUCAUCCCUCACAGAGAUCCUAUGGUUUCAUUUUUGUAAUGACAUUUAACGGCUGAGAUUUUUCCAUAUUGUAGGAUAUAACUAUAUAAGAAACCGUGUUGUUUACUAUGUUACAGUACAUGCUACUUCCAGGAUUCUCCAAUGAAAUGCUAUGUUCUAAAUAUAUACAUAGUUUCAUCUGUAA